GAAAAGCCCAAAAAAAGCGGAUACUGGAGGGUGGAAGUGGGUGUGCAGCGUGACGAACGAAUCUUCACCACCACCACCACCAUCUUCCACCAAUCAUAUCCUCUUCUGCUCCCCCCCCCAACCCAAAGAAAAAAAAAAAAAAAAAAAACACAACCCCGAAACACCAACACCAACACCAAUAUAUAACCCUUUCCCCUCUCUCCUGUUUGUUUUCCAGGAAAAUCGAACAGAAAAAACACACCCACAAAAUAUUUCUGGGAAAUCAAUUGCUGAUUGAGUGGAAAGGGGAGAAAUGGCGUCAACGGGAAACGCGGGUUGGGUGAGUGAUUCGUAUUUUAUGGAUGAUAUUACAGUUCAUGAUCCCAAUUUCUCUGGUUUCUCCUGGCCAUCUCCUUCGCCCCCGGUUCAACAACAACAGCACCACCAGACCUUAAACGCUUUUGCUCCUGUUGUUACUUCUUCGUCUCCUAAAUUCGGUGUGGAAAUUGAUGGAUCGUUUGGGGAUUGUGAUGUGCAGAAGGAACCAAACUCCAAGAAGAGGAGUAGAUCUGAAUCGUGUAGCGCGUCUAGCUCCAAAGCAUGUAGGGAAAAGUUGCGGAGGGAUAGGCUAAAUGACAAGUUUAUGGAAUUGGGCUCUAUCUUGGAUCCUGGGAGAACUCCCAAAACAGACAAGGCUGCUAUUUUGGUUGAUGCUGUCCGCGUUGUGACUCAGUUACGAGGUGAAGCCCAGACGUUGAAGGACUCAAAUUCAAGUCUUCAAGAGAAGAUUAAAGAGUUGAAGGCUGAGAAGAAUGAGCUUCGCGAUGAGAAGCAGAGGCUGAAGGCAGAGAAGGAGAAGUUGGAGCAGCAGCUGAAAACCAUGAACUCACAACCCAGCUUCAUGCCUGCCCCUCCUGCAAUCCCUGCAGCAUUCACUACUCAAGCCCAAGCACCUGGCAACAAAUUAAUGCCCUUCAUUAGUUAUCCAGGGGUUGCCAUGUGGCAGUUCAUGCCACCUGCUGCAGUGGAUACAUCGCAAGAUCAUGUGCUCCGCCCACCAGUUGCUUGAGUUGGUGACCUGCUAUGAAUUGGGUUUGCAUUUUGCACCGCACCCAAACAAAAUGCAUUUAUUUUGCCAUUGCUUUGUCUGCAUUAGUUUUUGUUGAGGUUUUCUCACUGGAUUUGGUGGCUGACUGAUUGUAUUUCAAUCUGGACCUUAUAUGAAUCGUUGCUGGUGUUCACUUGUAAAUUUAAUAAGCUUAGUCUGGCAAGCUAUGUUUCGGUUUGACUGCU